AUGCGGGUCGGUUUUCAAUUCCAGUUUGAGGGACUCGGUGCGGGGACCUCCAUUCGCGUCUUUGGCGCCGAGCCCGGGUUCGAGGGCGCUGAUGACUGUCGACGCGGGUUCCUCACGGGCGAGAGGGUCACGAGCGUCAAUACCGAAACCAUCGCAGACGGACUAAUCGGCGUUGUCGGCGAGAUCCCCUGGAGUGUCAUCUAUGAGCGAAAGCUCGUUGAUGGCAUGUUUGCUGUGUCUGAAGAGCAGAUUCUCGAGGCGACAAGGUUGAUAUUGGAGAGGCUUAAGAUGGUGGUCGAGCCUGCUGCUGCGGUAACGCUGGCGGUGGCUUUGUAUAAUGAGGAGUUUAGGCAGAUAGUGGAGAAGGAAGCAGGUGAGAAGGGUUGGGACUUGGGACUGAUUUUGAGCGGUGGGAAUGUUAGCGCUGAAGGGCUGGCAAAGCUGUUCGGAUAG